GUUCUGCAUUCGAUGACCACUAGCCGUGAUCAGCAGUAAGAGCCAUAGUACGUAAGCAGAGACGAGGCUAAAGAGCACGAUGUCUAUUGCAUGCAGUUGUGAUAGGGUGACAGGACAAGCUUUGAACAAGCACAUUGCCGCUGCAUGAAACAAGCUGAAACCUCGCUAAGCUCUGUCGCCCCUGGACUUUGUUCAAUGAACGUGCUCUGUCACAUCGAUCUAGCCUCUUGAGUCUGGAGUUCAUUGAAUUUGCCUAAACUUCUGACAUCUAGAGCGUGUCGAGGUAGCAUGAUAUCAGACGAUCCGCCUGACCGACUAGGCUGGGGACGCAAGGGUAGAGAAGUGAGAGGAAGAUAUAAAGCUCAGCCAACUCCUCUUGAUAGUGACUCAAUUUCACACCUUUCUAACAACUCCUUUUAUCUACACCAACAUGAAGUCCACCACCGCCGUCAUUCCGCUCCUCGUCAUGGGAUCCACCAUGGCCGCUCCCCUAGAAAAGCGUGCCUGCCCCAACAUCCACGUCUUCGGCGCUCGCGAGACCACCGCACCUGCCGGCUACGGUUCAGCCGGCACAGUCGUCAACCUCAUCCUAAACGCCCACCCUGGCUCCACCGCCGAGGUCAUCAACUACCCAGCAGCUGGAGGCAACAGCUACGCAUCUUCCGUGCAGGCGGGCGUCAAAGCCGUUACAAACCAGAUCAACAGUUUUGCUGCAUCUUGCCCAAACACUCAGUUGGUUUAUGUGGGGUACUCUCAGGGAGCACAGAUUGGUGAUGACGCUCUUUGUGGAGGUGGUGAUCCCAACCAGGGCAUUUCGAGCACUGCGGCGACGAUCUCUAGCAGUGUCGGUAGUAAGAUCAAGGCUGUCAUCUUCAUGGGUGAUCCCAGACAGAUUCCUGGUGCUUCUUACUCUGUUGGCACGUCCAAGAAUCCUGGUUUCGACCCUCGGCCUUCUGGCUUCACUUGCUCUGCCUAUGCGAGCAGAAUCCAGGCUUACUGUGAUGCUGCUGAUCCUUAUUGCUCGAAUGGUAAUAAUGCCAAUGUUCAUCAGGGUUAUGGUAGCGAGUAUGGUCAGGCUGCACUCAAGUUUGUUAACAGCAAGCUUACCUGAUCUCACAUCGCUGGUCGACGAGAAGGUAAUUGUGAUGGGGUAGCGAGGAUUUGCUCUAGCUAGAAACUGCUUUAGACACAAUCGAAAUCACGUUCCGAUGCUUGCAGGCUGCAGUCGUCGUCUAUCAAGGAUUAAUCAGUGGAGAUGACGCGUGUCGUUUCAGCUUUCGGGCGAGAAUGGGUCGCUUCGAAAGCAUUGCAGCUUUCAGAUAUACGUGAGACUGAAGACUGUCUGCUUUGCAUUAUUCAUGCGUGAUGGUAUAAAUUCGUGUACGUUGAUGUGCUGCUCGACAACCACGUAUACGGGCGUUGUGCCUCACCUCAAGUACGUCUCGGAGGCGUUACUAAUGCUUGGACGAGGUAAUUCAACGAGUCACCCGAUAUCGAUUCUUCUGUGGAUUGGAACUGGUUAGUUGGAAGUAUGUUCCCCGUUGU